AUGCCACUGCGUUGUCGUCGUCAGCCACCCGCCAUCAGUCAAACGCUGCGUCGUCUCCAUCAGCCGCGAAAGAAGAAAGUUUGCAUCUGCAAGCGGCUGGCAGCAGACAAGGCAAUGGGAGCUACCACAGCCAUCAGGGGGGGGUCUCUGGAGCAGAUUGUGGAGUGUGACGGAGACGACGACGGCGAGGUGUUCGUGUCGCCUCGGUCUGGCCAGAGCCCCAGCAUGGACGUCCGCUUCCCAGUGGGAGAGGUGCCAGAGGAAGGUGCCGACGUGACGAGCGCUGGGGCUGAGAGGAGCGGGGAUGACUACGAGGAGGACGAGGAGGAGGAGGAGGAGAGGGGCGAGGGGCUCGGGAAGGAAUGCUGCCGACCGGUGUACACGGACGGCCGGACACGCCGCAGCGUCUCCUGCCCUGAUCUCGGUCCCCGAAGGCCGUCGGGGUUGGCCAUGAUGAUGGGUUCGUCCUCCGUGGCCUUUCCGCCCGAGGCCGGCUCUGCGGGGAUGCGAUGCUCGGAAGGGAUCCGGCGAGGCGAGGAGAUUUACAUCAACAAGUUGGCCAUGGAGCAGGACGAGGAGGACGAGGAGGAGGAGGACGAGGAGAAUGACGAUUGCAUUCGGCACCACCACCACCUCCACCUCGUCCCGGGCGCCACCACCUCGUCAUCCUCCGACGCGCAUCGCCCGCCACGGAUGGUCACGGCGACGGCGAUGGGAAGCCCCGACGACGAGCCACCCGACGAGAACGACCGAGAAGACGACGGUGACGGCGGCGGCAAGGACGACGGCGAGUCGCUCCGCUGGGCGGACCGAGACGCGAGCUCGAGGGGGGCGACCGGAGGCGGCGGCGACGACGAUGCCGCCGCCGUUGCCGCAGACGACGAAAACGACGACGAAGACGACGACGACGAAGACGCCGACGACGAGGGUGGAUGCGACGCGAACGGGUUCGGCAACGCGGCGCUCAGGUUGUCGCGCCUGCGGAUGUCGAUGCGCUCGAUCUCGCCGGGACGGCGCCACAGCUGGGAGCCGGCCAAGAAGCGCGCGGUCGUCGAGUCCAAGAGGCGCAGCGCCAGCGUUGAUGAGCUCGACAGUCACAGCGAGGGAGAGGAGGAGCAGGAGCAGGAGGUGGAGGAGGAGGGUGCGCAGAUGUCCACCGUGGUGGCUGAGGAACAUGGAGAAGAGGGGGAGGACGAGGUGGAGGAUGAGGAGGAGGUGGAAAGAAAACGACGUUUGGCAAAAGUGGGAGGCACCGUUGCUGAACGCCCUCAAACGUUAGAGGGGCUUUCGACUCCAUUCGGGAUUCUCCACGAGCACCACGACCUCUCACCGGACGGCGAGGAGGCCAGAGCGCUGGGUUUGGGUCCAAUGCCCUACAGGAAGUCGGCGAUGAUGCCACACCUCCAGGACCACGAGCCCUUCAUAAACAAGUCAAGGUCGCGCAGCGUGUCGUAUGUCCCAUCACCCGAACGGCGGACGCAGUCGGCCACUCUUCCGUCCAACAUGAGCCUCUCGUCAGUCAUGACGCAGGCGGACGAGCCGGGAGUGGUCUCCCCGAGCAAGCCGGACGGGGAGAAGGCCGGAACCCGGGUGGCGCGAACGUUCAGCUUCCUCAAGAACCGCAUGACCAGCACAAAGAACCGCAACAAGUCCAAGACCAAGGAGGGCAAGGAGAAGCCACCGCAGGGUGGGGCUCAUCGCUUCGCCUCGGCCACCUUCUCCAGCCCCACGCACUGCUCGCACUGCGGGAAGGGGCUGGGAUCACGCGACGCCUUGCAGUGUCUCAGUUGCAAUGUGUGCGUUCAUCGGAAUUGCUCGGAUUACUUGAGUCCCUGUCCCAAACACAUUUCAAAGUCUAAGUCGAGCGCUGGAGGAGACUUCCAUUCGUUUUCUUACGCUGGCCACACGCAUCCGCCGCAGAGGCCGCUCUCUGUGAGUUUGCCCGCCGACGGGAGGCUCUCCCACGGUGCCACCCUCGGCUCCUCCUCGUUCGCCACGUCGCCCGGAGCCAACAUGGCCGGCACUGCCACCCUGCCGAAAAGUGGCUCCUCCAGCAACCUCCAGAGCUCCGUUUUAGAAGAGAUGGACUCGGAAACCGAGCACGAUUCGUUACUGCAAGGUGGAGAGGGCUACAUCAAGCCGUCCGAUUCGCCGCCCAAUGAAGCGCUGGAAUGCGACGUGGUGGAUGCCGGCGGCCCCCUGCGUUCGCCCGACGUCACCGACCCCGAGGGGUUUGACGUGGAGUCGUGGAGCCGCGCUGUCACGCCCACCUUCCUCAAGCAGCUGGAGCCCAGCACCGUCAAGCGCCAGGACGUCAUCUACGAGCUGAUGCUGACGGAGAUCCACCACGUGCGUACGCUGCACAUCAUGAGCGACGUGUUUGCGCGCGGCAUGCGGGAGGAGGCCGCGCUGGAGAGCGGCGUCAUCGACCGCAUAUUCCCGCGCCUCGCCGACCUCCGCGAGCUCCACGAGGGCUUCCUGGCCGCGCUGUGCGAGUGCCGGCGGCGAGCGCUGGAGGACACCGGCGGAGGUGGCGGUAUUGGUGGUGGUGGCGGCGGUGGCGGUGCGCAAACCAACGGAAGCCUCACCGGCACCGGCGAUGGAAAAAACUUCGUCAUCAAUCGCAUUGGCGAUUUGCUGGUGCAACAGUUCUCAGACGCGAGCGCGGAGAGGCUGGUGAACGUGUACGGGGAUUUCUGCGGAAGGCAGAAGGAGGCCGUGAGCCUCUACAAGGAGCAGCUCAACCGCAAGGCCUUCCAAUCCUUCGUCCUGAAGCAGAGCAUGAAUCCCAACACGCGGAGGCUUGGAGUUCCGGAGUGCAUCCUCCUCGUGACCCAGAGGAUCACGAAAUACCCCGUCCUGAUCGCCGAGAUCCUCAAGCACACCAAAGACGACCCAGAGGAGCAUGCGGAGCUGUCACGAGCGCUGGUGCUGGUGAAGGACGCGGUGUCGGGCGUGGACGCGCGCUGUGCGCGAGCGCGAGCGCCAGUGCUCCGUGGCGAUGCGCGUCGACUCGCGCUCCCAGAGCCGCAUCAACGGGCGCCCCUUCCUGCGCCGCGACCUCGCCUCGCCCGCACGGCGCCUCCUGCACGAGGGCUCCGUCCAGUGGAAGACGGCCGCCGGAAGGAACAAGGAGGUCUGGGUCCUGUUGAUGACGGAUGUCUUAAUUUUCCUUCAAGAAAAGGAUCAGAAAUACGUCUUCGCCUCCCUGGACCAGAAGGCGGCGGUGCUGGCGCUGCACAGGCUGAUUGUGCGCGAGGUGGCGCUGGAGGAGUCGGAGAUGUUCCUCAUCAGCGCCUCCAACCCGGAGAUGUACAAGCUGAACCUGCGCUCGCGGGAGUUGCGCGAUGUCUGGAUCCAGCGAAUCCGCUCGGCGGUCGAGUGCUGCACAGAGGAUACGGUUUGUGCGUCCGCAGAAUUGGAGGAAACGAUUCGACUCAAACAUUUCUGCGAGCGGCUGCUCGAGUUGGACCAGCGCGUGAGCAGCAGCGUGGAAGAGAAGUUGCGAAUCUACAGCGAGAUGAGCGGGGGCGAGGUUGUCUUCGGCACGAGGGCGCUGCUCCGUGCCGACGCCACGGAGCCUCCCAAGGCUGAGCCGAUCGUUGCGCAGAUCGCCCAGGAAGUGCAAGCCCUGGAGGAGCUGGUGAGCGCACAACCGGCGCCAACUGGCGUGCCGUCGCGGCACGGCAGCGUGGUGAGCUGCCCCGAAGCGACCUCCGUGAGCACGCCGCCGCCGCCCCGGCGCUCCGGCACCUUCUCAGCCUUCGACUGCCGCGAUGAGC